UUUAUUAUAAUGGCAGAGUUCUAAAUGCCUGUUUCAUCAAUACCGAAUUCAAAAAUUUACAUAAAUGAAAGCACUAUGAAAAAGAUUUUACUUUAAAAUAAAGGAACAACCAUGAAUCAUACAAAAGGAUUUAGUUCUAUGUUUACCAAUGUUGUUUGUGAUCUCUCAAAUUUGGAAACUUCAACAGAUUCAUCUAGUUAGAAGAAUUUGGCAGGUCCAAACUUUGCUCCUCAUAAGAAGGAUAAUUUCAGAUAUCAUAUUCAAAAGCCUCAACCCAAUUUAUAAGGCACAAAUAUCCAGAGAGUACAUAGAAUGCCAAUGGAUAAGAAAAUCAUUAGAACUACAUUAAUGCCAAAAAUAAAGCCUGAAGAACAACCGGUUGAUCCUGGAUUAUCUCUUUUGCCUGCUAAUCCUAUCAGAGAGCAAAGGUCAUAUAGUUACAAGGAGAGACCGUAUUACAUUGAGAUGCAGCAUUAUAGAAAGAAAAGCAAAGUCAAACUGGAUCCUCCCCAAGAAAUUGCAGGCAGGUCCUUUGACAUUAAAGCUUCGAUCUCAUGUAAAGAAGAAUGGACUGAAACUUAACCUUUUAAUAUAUUGACAAUAAGAUAAGAAAUCGAGAAGGCUCUUUAAAAAUGCUCACCCAAAAAGUAAACUUAGGAAUUCGUGGAACCUGAACUUACAUAAUAAAAAUAUAAUCCUAGUUAUAUGUUUAUUGAAGACGACAGAGAUCGUUUUGGGAAAUAAAUCUAUCCAAUAAGCAUGCCAUAACCAAGACCUGGUCCUGGGUAAUAUGAUACUGAUAACACUUCGUUGAAUUUCAAGGUCAAUAAAAUUUAAGAGAGAAAUACUUAGAAAAGACUUGUACAACUCUGGUAAUAAUAAUUUUGA